AGCAGAGAGCAGUGUUCGGGGCUGUAGGCUGUAGAAGCUCUCAGACACGCUGAACUCCUCUGGGGGAGUGCGGGGGAAGGAGGGAGGGAGAAGCAGGGGUGUAGCUGUCUUCGGGAAGAAACGGAGAAGAGUAGGGAUGAAAGGAGGCAGAGCACCAGCAGUUCCUAGGCAGUGACUCGAAAGCAGCCCCCCCUCCCUGAAUAAGACCAAGUGAAGAGUGGGGCACCAGGCCGCUGGGAACAGAGGAGCAGAAGAUGCGGAUGUGCGGUCAAACCGCACGCUGCCUCCCUUGAGACUGAGCUGCAUGUUUGAGAGACAGAGUGAGAGAGAGCGCAAGAGAGAGAGAGGGAGAGAGAGAGAGAUAGAGCAAGAGCAAGAGCGGGAGAGAAGCAGAAAAGAGGGGAAGAAAGGAGUGAAGAAUAGGUGGUAGUGUGUGUGUGUGUCAGCAGCUCAGUAACUGAUCUGGCUCCAGCUCCGUGGUGCUGAUGGCUGCCUGAGGAUUUCUGCCUGCCUCUGCUGAUACAAUGCUGAGAGAGGAGCAAGCCACCAAGUCUGUGAUUCUACUGGCGUGCUGCUGUUACCUGAGCAACUCCCUAGGAACCCCAAACCUGUCUUCAUAUGCCAAGACAGAGGACAAACUGUUCAAACACCUCUUCAGAAAUUACCACAAAUGGGUGAGACCAGUGGAACACCUCAAUGGGACUGUGAGGGUCAAAUUUGGGCUGGCAAUAUCCCAGUUGGUGGACGUGGAUGAGAAGAACCAGCUCAUGACAACAAAUGUAUGGAUGAAACAGGAAUGGGUCGAUAUGAAGCUGAGAUGGGACCCGGACAACUACCAGGGCAUCACUGCGAUCAGAGUACCUUCUAACUCCAUCUGGACCCCUGACAUUGUCCUGUUUGACAAUGCAGAUGGACGUUUUGAGGGCACUGUCACAAAGGCUGUAGUCAAGUACGAUGGCACGAUAUCCUGGACCCCUCCUGCCAAUUACAAGUCGGCUUGCACGAUUGACGUCACCUUCUUCCCCUUUGACCUCCAGAACUGCUCAAUGAAGUUUGGCUCCUGGACCUAUGACGGCUCUCAGGUGGAUAUCCUCCUGGAAGACUUCCACGUGGACAAGCGUGAUUACUUUGAUAAUGGGGAAUGGGAGAUAGUGACCGCCACGGGCAGCCGAAGACUGAGGACGGACGGCUCCUGCUUCUAUCCCUCCAUCACUUACUCCUUCAUAAUCCGGAGGCUCCCACUCUUCUACACCCUCUUCCUCAUCAUACCCUGCAUCGGUCUCUCCUUCCUCACCAUUCUGGUGUUCUACCUGCCCUCCAACGGAGGGGAGAAGAUAACCCUGUGCACCUCUGUCCUAGUCUCCCUCACCGUGUUCCUCCUGGUGAUCGAGGAGAUCAUCCCGUCCUCCUCCAAGGUGAUCCCACUGAUCGGGGAGUACCUGGUGUUCACAAUGAUCUUCGUCACCCUCUCCAUUGUCAUCACCGUCUUCGCCAUCAAUAUCCACCACCGGUCCUCGGCCACGCACCACGGCAUGGCGCCCUGGGUCCGCCGCGUCUUUCUCCACCGCUUGCCCAAGCUGCUGUGCAUGCGCAGCCAUGUUGACCGCUAUGCAGUGCCCAGGGGGUCAGGCGUAGGCCAUGGGGGAGGGGCCAGAAGGGACAUAGGAGGCUCUGCUUUCGAGACAACCCCUCUCCUCUCAUCCAGAAACAACCUGCAGGCAGCACUCGACUCCAUCCGCUACAUCACCCAGCACGUGGUGAAGGAGAACGAGGUCCGAGAGGUUGUACAAGACUGGAAGUUUGUGGCCCAGGUGCUGGACCGCGUGUUCCUGUGGACCUUCCUCCUGGUCUCAGUGUUAGGCUCUGCCCUGCUCUUCAUCCCUGUGAUCUACAAGUGGGCCAACAUCAUUGUCCCCAGCUAUGCAGGCGGAGGAAGCUAAUUCAUUUUACGAUGAACUAUGACAUGACGAUGCAUUUCAAGGGCGCUGUACAGUAUAUACACUGCCAGUGAAUUCAUCAGCAUGGAUGCACAAUAUACACAUCGUACUGGAAAACAGUAGGAUAGUCUACAGACAGCGGGGCACUUUUUAACCUCCAAAGGCAGGUUUUUGUUAUAAAAUCAUUCACCUCCAUGUCAUAAUGGAUUACAAAAACACACGUUCACGCAUUUUCUCCUUUGUAUAACUGUUUGAUGUAGGAAAUGCUUUACUGUUGAAAAGAGCACGCAGAGCCCUCAAGGAACUGACAUUUGAGCACAGUUUAUGCAAGCAAAGUUUUUCAUGUAAUAGGAUCUUAACUUCUGUAAAGGCAUGAUAACUUUUACUCUUAGUUCAAACUUCAAUAUUCCAUUCUGGGCAUGAGCCUUGGGCCUUUUCUGUGUCUUUUCCAUGAACAAGAAACAUGUGCUCUUCAUGCUAACCGCUAAUCUAUAAGCUUACUGUACUGUAUGUCACAGAAUAGCAUGUGGCUCUCUUUUGGAGUGUUGUUUACCAUGAAGCUUGUUAUUUAUGCUAUGACCCUUUGUAUUAGCAAGUGUGCAUGUGACAUCUAUGCAACUUUUAGCACUGAAAUAAGUUUUGUGUUGACACAUGCUAUCUAAUUCCACUGUACAUAGCAUGAGGACCAUCACAACAUUCUCUUGUACUGGGAGGCAGAAGAGGUUAUCAUAUCAAAAAAAAUGUUUUGCUUAGAUUUAUCUAUAAGAAAAUCAGAAUA